AUGACGGUGGCGGAGGCGUUCGCGUCGACACCACCAACGAUUUACUUUAAACGGGAACUCAAUGGGCAAGAGCAGACUAGUCUCGCAGCUCUGUUGCAGCUCAUCGGCCCAAUCAACCUUGCGGACGAACCGGACACAGUGAGCUGGGCGCUCACCAGCUCCGGAAAGUUUACGGUUAACUCCUUAUAUCGCAAGUUGUGUCGAGGGACGGCGCAACUUGCGAUUGCAGGGUUGUGGAUAGCACGGCUGCCCCUGAAGAUCAAACUCUUCAUGUGGCAAUUGUUCCGUGAUAAGCUGCCCACCUCCUUAAAUGUGGCCAAACGCAACGGACCGACCACCGGGCCGUGCGUGCUGUGCAGGGCUCCAGAUGCCAACCAUGUGUUCUUCAACCGCCCUCUUGCAAGGUUUGCAUGGAGAGCGGUCCGGACCGCGACUGGUGUCCAAUGGGAUCCUUGA